ACUGAAAACACAAAAGAAUGAAAAGGAGGAAGUAAUUUAUCAGUAAAGGAUAGACAGACGACAUAAAAAGAUCAGAUGGUGUAAAUCCAUUUGUCCCUUGGGAGUAAUGAUUGGACAUGCAUCCAGUUGAAGAGUUCCGAGUGGGAAGCUUUUAGAACAUCUCUGAUCUUUUAUCUAUGUCUCCUGGGAAUUUGGCAGAAGAAUUAAGCUAACAGACCAGAUGUAGAUCAUAUCUGCAUGUGCAGACUUGGAGGAAGUAAACAUCUUGCUGUACUGGAAUAAUGAUGAUGGAACAUUUUGUUCGUAUGAUGGGAUUUUCUCUGAUUCUCAGUCCAUACAUGUAUUUUACUGCUUUUGGCUUUUUCUUUGAUAGUUCUGUUGGGGUGUAUCUUAGGGUAUUAGUGAAUCAGACUUUGGAGAUGAACUGUACUGUGUUUGAAGAUUCAGGUCUUAAUGCUUCCCUUCUGGACUGGGUUAUUUAUAAUGCUUCUAGCGCAUCUCCAGAUACAGUAUUUAUUAAUGAAGAAAGAACAUUGACAUUCCGGAAAAAAAUCACCAGUGUUGAGGAAGAAGGGAGUUACUUAUGCAAGAGAACUGACAAAGGGGAACCUGCAGCCAGUUUUGUGAAAACAGUUUCUUUGAUUAUUGAGUAUGAAGCUGUGAGGAAUGUAACAAACUUUACUUGUAUAUUGAAUGAAGAGAAAAAUGAGUUUCACUGUAGAUGGGAACUUGGACUAUACAACCACCCUGAUCAUCUCCAUAUCUCAAUUAUAAUGUCUCCUGACAAUGGGUCAACUGUUCUACCUUGUCCAGAGAAAUUUACCGGUAAAUACCAGCAGAACUGUUCUUGGGCAGAAAAAGAUGGUUUUACUAAUGCUGCCAUCUUCUCGAUGUCCAAGAUUGUCAUCCUUAAUGUAACAAACCUGGAAUUUAAUGUAGUGAAGUCUUUCCGGAUGGAAUAUAUAACAGAGAACAUAAAGAAACCUUUGCCUACAGAAUACAUUAAUGCCUUGUCCUUGGGUUCUUGUGGAUGUGCCAAUGUGUCAUGGGAGACAAUUCCAGGAGAGGUCAAGACAUCCUCUCAAGUCAGCCUGAUGUCACAAUGGAACAGUACCCCUCUGAUUCACAAUGUUGAUGUCAACAAGAGCCUUAUUGUAUGUAAUCUGAUUCCUGCAACAACAUACACAGUUGAAGUGAAGAUUAAACCUUUAAGAGGAUUGUACUAUAGUGAUCCCAAGCAGAACAACUUUGAUACAUGUGAAACAGUCCCCUCUCUUGCUCCAUCCAUGCAGCCCAGUGGUUAUUCCUCAGAGAUUUAUAACUCGGGAAAUCGAUCCAUCACUGUUUACUGGGAGAAGAUUCCCAGGAAAUUUCAGAAUGGACCUUUGAAGGAAUAUAGGGUGUCAUUAGGUGAUGAGAAUUGGAAGAAAGUGGCCCCAAAUGCAACAUCAGGUACUAUUGAUAUCCCUUGUGGUGGUCAUAACAUAUCUGUCCAAGGAUGUAACCGGCGGGGAUGUUCACCAGAUUCUUCAAUAUACAUACCAGCCUACAGAGAUGUCGCUUCCCCCCAAAAAGUUAUAGUAGAACAGAUGGGGCUAUCAAAGGUCCAGAUAUCCUGGUUUGGGUUGGAGAGAGAGGCCAUUCUGGCUAAUGAUGUAGCAUGGUGCAAAGUGAAGCCUGCAAUACUGCAGUGUCAGGGUGAAAUACAUAUACUGAGAAGAACGGGGAAUAUGAACCAAACUGUUCUCCAUGCAGACACUAUUGAUCAAGCUCUGGAUGAUGUUAUAUUUGGUGUGGCAGCCAUCAGUGAUAAGAAUGUCAGCAGUGGAAUCAAAUGGCAGGAGGAAUGCAGAUAUGUGAAAGAUGCAGUGCCUCGCCCUGUGCAGACUAAGCCCCUCCUCCCAGAUCCUCCUAAAAACAGUCUAGUAGUAUCCUGGAUCCCUCUGAAAUGUGAUUCAGGGGCUUCAAAUAAUGCCUACAUCAAAAUGUACCAGAUAAUCUACUGCCAGUUAAAUACCCAUGGAUCUUGCAAAGGUGGGGAAUUUUCUGUGAAUGUUCCUGCAGACAGUACUACACAGUACACACUAAGAAACCUUGAGGCAGACACUGAAUAUGGUGUGUGGGUACAAGCCAUGUCACUUACAAAGGAGGGACAUAAAAGUAAAAUGGUGUCUGGACGACCUACUAAUGAUGAUUUACCUGAUGCAUCAAUUGCAGGCAUUGCUAUUGGGGGAAUAUUCGUUCUUGUACUUGUCAUUGCAGGAUUCGUAUGUGUUUGCAGACAAGUAAAACGUAAAUUAGGUCUGGAUGAAACAUUUGAUAUAGAAAAUAUACAAGUUAGACGCUUUGAAAAUCUGCCUACUGGAAGCAAUUUGUAUAACCUUAUUACGACACCAGCUGACAGGUCCAGCUCCCCCCUCUUCACCCCUGUAAGUAUACUGUAA